UAAUGUUUUUUGGACGGCUGUACUGUACCAGAUCCAACGGCUGGGGCCGGACCGGCCGAACCUAGCGCCGGUCCGCCGGCGCCUAGUACUGGCCUUAUUAUAAAGAUCCAAUCUUGACGUUGGAGGCAGCAGCUGCCCACGACGCGGUGCCGCUGCGUGAAGGGAUCAACUUUGCGCGGCGCCGUCCCCGCGCGCCAAGAUCUCCACCUGUAACGCUGACAGCCUGCUCUCUCGCGUCGUUUCUGCCCAUGACGACAGCCCGAGUCUCGAACGUUACAGCUGUUGCCUACCUUAACCGACAUUUUAGAAUCGCCUCUAUAAAUACCAGCCUCCCAUCCCAAUUCACAACUCGCAGCUCAAGUACAGCUUCUACACACAGAGCCUAAGCAUCCCAUCUCAUCUCCUCUCCAAAUCACCGUCAGCAGCUACCAGAUGGCUCGCUUCGCCGUGCUCGCCGCCACCAUCGCCCUCCUCGCCGUCGCCACCGCCGCGCAGGGUCCCAUACCGGCGCCCAGGAUGGCACCUCUCCCUGCACCUCCGGCGAGGUCUCCGGCAACCGCCCCUGCGCCGGUCUCCACCCCGCCCACCGCCGCGUCGCCGUCCCCGAUGGCCUCUCCGCCGGCCCCGCCCACCGACGCGCCGACCGACGCUCCCUCCGCGAUGACACCCUCCACGGUCUCCGCCACGCCCUCCGGCGCCCCCGUCGGUGCCCCCACCGGCACUCCCGCGAGCUCUGCCGUGUACUCGUCCGCCGCCAGCUUCGUUGCAGUGGCCGGAGCGGUCGCCGCCGCCAUCGUUUUCUAGAGGCAGCGAUGACCCUGCUACUCUACUUUGUCUAUACAGUUUCAGUGUUUCUGAGAUUCUUUUAUUGUAGACGGAGGAAAGGUUACACGACAUUGCGAUGUAAUCUUGUGACGAGAUUAUUACGAAUAUAAAAUUCUUUCAUUUGUGAGUA